UUUUGAGUGACGUGAUGAGCCCGGAGCGCGCUCUGAGGCGCGUGACUCGUUCCUGUUAGCAUAUCGUUUCACCGGGAGACAAGAGACAAAGGACAGCAGCUCCAAAUCAUCCACCUGCUCUGUUUUUAACGUGGCGAAUGUACGUUAGCGCGGUAGAGACAGUAAUAGCUUGUAGCUGGGGGUUGAAAUAAGUGGAGGAACUGGUGAGGAGCGGAUCGAGCGCACCGCAUCUAUAAAGCAUGGCCAGGAGGAAGCAGCGAGCACCCAAGCGCGCACCAGCUUAUGAUUCAGAGGAUGUUGAAGGACCUGCCAGGCAGAAUGUGGACUUUGCUAAGGAAGAUUCAACAACCACAAAGAAACCACUGGGUAACAACAACUUCAGGAAGGACUAUGGCUUCCAAAAAUCAGAGGACGAACACUGCUCCACUACUGCUGAGUUUUCUGAGACUGACAGUGAAUUACACAUUAAUGAGGCAAAUGAGCCCACGUCAGAUGUUGAAAGCAGCUCAAUUAAUAAUAAAGACAAACCAAUGAAAGACUGUCUUAAUGAGGGAUCUGAGAAAGCAGUGUGUGGUUCAGAUAGUCUGGAACAGAUAAAAGCCAUUUAUAAUGGUUUUCUCGCUAAUUCCUUUUGGUCUUCACCAAGUCUUAAUCCUUCUCAGUCAUGUACAGAGAAACGAAGUGAGACAAGCAGCAGCAGCAGCAGCAGCCCUGGAGGUAAUUGCUAUGACUGGCACCAGUCUGCAGUUGCAAAGACCUUGCAGCAGGUUUCUGAAAAACAGCAUCCUUCACAAAGGGAAACUAAUCUUUUCAGCACUGUUCAGCUCUACCGCCAAAGUGCUAGGGUGUAUGGGUCCAUCUUUAGUGGGGCAAGCAAGUUUCAUUGCAAAAGCUGUAGUGCAUCUUAUGAUACACUGGUUGAUCUUACAGUUCACAUGAAUGAUACAGGCCACUACCGAGAUGACAACCAUGAGAAGGCUGAAAAAGGGGCCAAGAGCUGGUCCAAGCCACGCAAACGAUCUUUAAUGGAAAUGGAGGGUAAGGAGGAUGCCCAGAAGGUACUGCGCUGUAUGUAUUGUGGCCACUCUUUUGAAUCUUUGCAAGACCUCAGUGUACACAUGAUCAAGACCAAACACUACCAAAAAGUGCCUCUGAAGGAACCUGGAACAUCGAUUGCUGCUGUUAAAGUUAUAUCAUCUUUGAGAAAGAGAGUGGAUAUAGGUAUAACUAGGUUGAAUGCCACUGAUCAAAAAGCAUCUUCUGGUGGAAGCACAGUAAAUGUUAGUCUUCCCAAUGUUUCGGAUGUUAAUAAGAAGGAGAGUGUCAUGGACCAUAAAGGUAUGAGCAGCACCGCACAGAUUAAGUCACAGAUUUUAAGUUGUAUGGAGUGUGGACAAUCAUUUGAGUCUUUACAACAGUUAAGUGCUCAUAUUAUGCAGACAGGUCACUUUAUUAAAGCCAGUCAGACUCUCCAAAAAAAGGACAAAUGCAUUUCUGAACAAAUUUCCUUGCCUGGGAGAAGUAAAAUGAAAAAGGAGAAGACCCCAAUAGAGAAGCAAGGUUCCCCUACAUCUUCACCAAAUGGAACCACUAAAUCACCACAUGCAACUCCUCCUCUUAAAAAGUCAAAAAUUGAAAGAAACAUCUUCCUAAAGGAAAUGCAUUGUGAAGAACCAGGAAAAUACAACAAUGUAGAUGAUCAAUACAAUAUUCCUUCAACAUUUGAUUAUCUUACUGAGGAGGACCUGAAGGAAAGUCCAAAAAUGAACCUAGAUAUCCUUAAGUCUCUGGAGAGCACUGUUACUUCUGCCAUUAACAAAGCACAGAAGGGGACUCCCAGCUGGGGAGGAUAUCAGAGCAUUCAUGCUGCUUAUCAGUUCCAGAAUAACAUGAAGCCUUCUCUCUACAACUCUUCCAUACAGCAACUGGUGAACAGUGUGGAAGUUCCAUGCACCGACAAAGGUGAACUCUCUCCCAGCCCUCAACGCAGAGCUCCUUCACCCAAAGUAAACCUGCAUGCUAUGGAGGAAUUGGUGAAGAAAGUAACACAGAACAUUGCUGAGGAAACAAGAAAGGAUAAAGAUGAACAGGUUUCCUUAGCAAGGCAUUUUAUUACCACCUCAACUAUAAGCGCAGACAGGAAAUCAGCAGAGCAACAUGACACACUAAAGAACAAAGGUAACAAGAUUACUGUCUCUGAGAAUAAUACAAGUGAGAGGGAAUCAAAAAAAUGUAAUGAGUCUUUAGCUUUUCGUGACGACAGCGCCGUAAUAACUGUUCACCCAGAGCCAAAACAACCAUUUGUUAGUCCUUUAAAUGCCCUUCAGUCAGUCAUGAAUCUUCAUUUAGGUAAAGCAGCCAAUCCUGUGAAGCCAGUUAAGGAUCCCAUGAAUAUGCUUCUAAAGAUGAGCAACAGCAUGGCAGAGAGGGCUGCGGUAGCUUCAGCUCCGAUAUCCACCUCAAAACCAGAACCAUUACAUCCAGAAAUCUACCAGAUUGACAAAGACCAACCCAUAGAUUUAUCCAAAGGCAAAAGGAACCAGUGUUUAGUUACUGCUUCUCUCCCAGGGAAAGUGUUAAACUCUCUUCCUGCUAUGACCAAGACUGAUUUAACUGAUGCAAUAAAGUGCACUCCAGUCAGCCCAGUGCAUGAGAAUGCACUCUCGGACAUAUCAGACAUGUUACGGAAUUUAUCAGACACUCAUGCCUUAAAGUCGCAGACUUCAUCCCAUAAAGCAGUAAGUUCAGGUAUUAACGAGACUCACAUGCCAAACGCAGGAGAUGAUGCAUCUAUGCUGUACAAACGCAAGGGUAGGCAAUCGCAGUGGAAUCCUCAACACUUGUUAAUUCUGCAAGCCCAGUUCUCAUCGUGCCUCAGAAAGACAACUGAUGGGAAGUACAUCAUAUCAGACUUGAGCCCUCAAGAAAGAAUGGUCAUCUCACAUGUCACAGGUCUUUCUAUGACAACCAUCAGCCACUGGCUAGCUAAUGUGAAAUACCAGCUGAGGCGCACAGGCAGGACCAAGUUUUUGAAAAACGUUGACUCUGGUCACCCUGUUUUCUUCUGCAGUGAAUGUGCCACCCAAAUCCAAACACGUUCAACAUACAUCUCUCACCUUGAGUCACAUCUUGGCUUUAGAUUACAAGACUUGGCUAAGUUCUCCUGUAAAAAUCCCAACAAGACAAUUGCAAAGCAUUCAAAGAACAUUUUGGAUCAAACUGUCCUGUCAUUCCUAUGAUCUGCUGAAGGUUCGCGGUAGCUGAAUGAGCUGAGUGUAAACACUGUGCUAUUGGUCUUAAUUAGCAGCUCAGAAAACAUUUCAUGUAAUGAUAGGAAUUUAUAAAAACUGAACCAUUGAAUAUUAUUGUGUAAUUGUUGUACAGGAUGUGUAUUGUAUGUUAAUAAAAAUACAAAAGAGUAUAUUAUCAUAAUAUGUACAUUAACAUCAUAAAUAAAAUAAAUAUCUGGUAGGAAUU